GCUCCUGUGCUGUUUCGCUUUCUGCUGUGACCGAGAAGUGUCACAUUUAUUUACAAUUGUUUCCUGCAUUUGCAUAGUAUAAGUAGAACAGGUCGUAGAAUGAUAGUUCGAUAACCCUCAUCUUCAUCACGGUUUUUUUGCUAUAUGUUUUAUCUGCCUAUGUUAAUGUUAAUGACUAGUAGAAGGCCUCAACCAUGAUAGCAUCUGAAGGGUCCCCUCGGCUAUGUUUAUGAACCGGAGUAUCAUUGGCUCUUAGUUCGGAAUACAGGGUUCUUUAUCAAAGUAAUGAUUUGGGCAAGACAUCCGAUUACACAAAUAAUCUAACCCGCACCCUGACGCGGAGUGGCAAGAAGUCAUUAACUAGUUUUGCAUGUCAACAAAAACGGACUUCGACUAUUAUAAUGAACGGCACACCUCUUAAUGACACCAAGAGACAGCACCUUCUGGAAAGGCUGUUGGAUGCUGUCAAACAGUGUCAAAUCCGCUUUGGGGGACGGAAGGAGAUUGCUUCUGAUUCAGACAGCAGGGUGAUAUGUCUGUGUGCCCAGUUUGAGGCAGUGCUCCAGCAUGGUCUGAGGAAAAGCAGGGGUCUGGCUCUCACUGCUGCUGCCCUCAAACAAGUGGCAGGAUUCUCCAGCAAGACUGAAGCAGAAUUGACGUUCUGGUUCUAUGUGAAGGAGCACCUGAACCGCCACGAGCUGCAGAGGUUCUACUCCCUGCGCAACAUCUCCUCUGAGCUGGGCCGUGGCCGGGCCUGGCUGCGCUGUGCCCUCAACGAGCACUCCCUGGAGAGAUACCUGCACACACUGCUCUCUGACACAACACGCCUCAGCACCUACUAUGAAGACUGGGCCUUUAUCCUGGAUGAGGAGCGAGCCAGCAUGCUGCCCACAAUGGCUGCAGGCCUGAACUCUAUUCUGUUUGCCAUCAACAUCGACAACACAGACCUGAACGGGGGGGUGACCCGGCCCGGGGGCUCCUCCAUGUCCCACCUGCUGAAGGAGUCCACCCAGGGCAUAGGGAGUCUGUGGAAGGAGUCUACCCAGGGAGUGAGCUCUCUUCUCAGGGAGAUCAGCACUGCCACGGCCGUGGUGCCCGGCUUCUCCCCGCGCCCCGAUGGAUCCUCCGACCCACUGCCUGUUCUGCCACGCAGUGCCUCUGCAGAGUCUGGCCUGAGGAAGGAGCGACGGAGGAAGAAGAAGAUCACCAACAUCAUCUCGUUUGAUGACGACCUGGACGGAGGGGCUGAGGAUGAGGAGGAAGGGGAGGACGAGGCGGGGCGGAUGAGCACGAGGAAGAGUCCCACCGCCCCCCAGGGGAGUGUGGAGGAGGCUGUGGAUCCACUGGAGCCUGCCUUCUCCCUCUUUUCUGCCCACAAUGGGCUGUCCGAGCCUGGGAUUGUCAGCUGGGCUGGAUCCCCCCCUCCCUCCAGAACUCCACUGCCAGACACCAAGAGUGUUGAUAAUGAGGAGGAGGAGGAGGAGGAGGAAGUGGAAGUUUACAAGAGCAGAGAAGACACACAACCCAUCGCUGAACAGGUGGUGGUGGGCAGCCUGUCCAGCGUGUCCACGUGGAGCCCCCUGCAGGUCUUGACUGAACAUGAUAUCUCGGACAUCCUGAUCCCAGUCACAUCCACUGACACCUACCCUCAACCAGCCAGCUCCGUGGAGGACACAGUAGCACUUCCUGUCAAGGCCCCGCCCCCAGCCCUACCUGUCUCUAGUGACUGCAGUGUGUCUCAGCUACAGUUCAGUAUGGAGUCCAGUCCGCCAGCCCACAAAGCCCAGCUCUCCAGUGUGCUGUCCACGCCAGGUCUGCCAGAGUCUAUGACAGUGGUGGAGCUUCGGCAGGCCAUCGUAGCCAUGAUGAACCGGAAGGACGAGCUGGAAGAGCAGAACACGUCCCUGCGCAGCCUGCUGGAUGGGGAGAUGGAGUACUCUGCGGGGCUGAGGCAGGAGACGGACAGCCUGGGGAGACGCCUGGAGGAGCUGGAGGAUAGACACACGGUCAAGGUCCAAGCUCUAGCCAGGGAGAACGAGGUGCUCAAGGUCCAGUUAAAGAAAUAUGUGGGGGCCGUCCAGAUGCUGAAGAGAGAAGGGAGCCAGGGCAAUGAUGCUCUGCCGAUGUUGAGGCCCAGUGAGAGCCCCCCCCCCCGACCCCUCAGAACAGGUCGAUGGGGGACAUUGAGGAGCUGGCUGCGAGCUAUGAACGCAAACUCAUCGAGGUGGCUGAGAUGCACGGGGAGCUGAUUGAGUUUAAUGAGAGGCUUUACCGUUCUCUCAUGGCUAAGGACCACCUCAUUGUCCAGAUGAGACAGGAGCUCAUUGACCUCAGAGGCCCGGUUCCAGGUGACCUGAGUCAGACGUCAGAUGAUCCCAGUUUAUCAGACUUUGAA